UACUCGGUCGGGGCAAGAACGAGCCACCUCAAAUUGGACCGCUCGCCACCGCUAGGCGAUUUCAGAUUUUGUUUUGUUCAAACAUUAUUUAUUUCUUCCACAGAAGGCGUUCUCCUGCCCGUGCGACCCGUACGAUGGGCGCAAGCACCAGCAUGGAGGUGCCACCACUUCCUGCCGCCCUCCUGCUAUUUAAAUGGCCAGCGGCCAGGCCGAUGCCGCGAGUGCACCACAGAGGCACCCCCCCCCGCGACAAGAUCACCUGUUGCUGAGCACUCUCCCUGAGACCACCGCCGACACCACCACCACCACCACCAACCAACCACCAUCACCAUGGCAGUCGUGGCGUUCCGGGCUGGGUUCCAUCGGACCAUGGACAGGAUUGAACUCAUCCUGCCGCAGAAAUUCCGGCCGAUUUGGAGACACCCCGCAGGUCCCAAAACAGUCUUCUUCUGGGGCCCAACGGUGAAAUGGGGGCUGGUGUUCGCCGGCAUGGCGGACAUGGCACGACCGGCUGAGAAACUCAGUCUGUACCAGAACUCGGUGCUGGGGCUCUCAGGGUUCCUGUGGUCACGGUACUCCUUCGUGAUCAUCCCCAAGAACAUCAACAUGUUCUGCGUCAACUUCUUCCUGGGCUGCUGUGGAACUGGCCAGCUGAUCCGCAUCUUCAACUACCGGCGCUCCCUGAAGGACGGCGAGGGCGAGGGAGCGGCCACCGCCGAGGGGGCCGUGCUCGUCGUAGAGGCGGCGCCGGCCGCCGUGACGGCCGCGUCCGUCGAGGCCAAGAGUUAAAGUGACCGACGACGAUGGACCGGCGGUCGGGGUGGUGCGCGACAGCCGUUCGAAGCCAAGCAACUCACCGAACAAAGCAACUUUAUUUCGCCCGUGUAGAUUCACCGCAGCCUCCCCCCCCCCCGGCCCCCACCCCGGCCCCCCCCCCCCUCUCUCCGGUGCGUCCGCGACGUUUUGCCCUCCAGGAGCUGGGGGGGAGCUUCUAUCUGGCGCCGAAAUGGACCGCUCGGUUAAGCCCUCUCCGACGAUCAGAGAGGGCUUCUCGCGGCCGCCGAGUGGCUCAGAGGUCUGACAUCGGUCGGCCGGUUGCCGCUCGCUUCGUCCGCCCACACCACCGGCGCAGGCCAACACGCACAGCAGCCAGCGUCGGCGCGUGCCUGUGUCAGACGGCUGAGCCACUCGGCGCCUAGCAAGGACUAUCAGCGGCGGCGGCAGCAGCUGGCAACCGCUGUACGCUAGGCUAGAUAAAGUGAGCCCUUCAAUUCGGUUCGAACGCGCUUACUUGAAGAAGCUCCCCCGCGCGUGCCGUGGUGAAACGCCGCGGGACGCCGUGACGGGGCGACGGCGCGCGGGCAAGCGCGUACCCAACCCACGCACGUACCCAACCCACGCGCGUACCCAACCCACGCACGUACCCAACCCACGCACGUACCCAACCCACGCACGUACCCAACCCACGCGCGUACCCAACCCACGCACGUACCCAACCCACGCACGUACCCAACCCACGCGCGUACCCAACCCAGGCACGUAACCCAACCCACGCACGUACCCAACCCACGCACGUACCCAACCCACGUGCGUACCCAACCCACGCACGUACCCAACCCACGCACGUACCCAACCCACGCACGUACCCAACCCACGCGCGUCAAACUUCUUCUACCGUCGCAGCGUAACGUCGCCGAACCGCGCCAACGCCGGUGGCUGUGACCCACAGCGACCGGUCGGGGCGUCUCGCGCGCAGCGGGGGGCUUCUUUUGUUCAGUUCCCCAGGGGGAGCUCCCCGGUGCGUGGCGAGAGGUGGGGGGGGGGGGGGGUGGCGACGUUGAAUGACGUCACAAACGCGGGGACGACGACGCUGCACCACGCGGCCGGGUGACGGGCGGGCGGGAGAGGGGGUUGCGGGGGGGGGUGGGCUCGAGGUUUUUGAUUUGCCGGGGUCCUCAAAGGGUAGGCGGUGGUCAGCGCGGUUCACAGAUCGUCCUCUCCCCUUUAAAACAAAAACAAAAUCAACGUCUCCUCGUUCUCGGGACGAGCACGCCAUGCCGACGACAUUCGCAAAAGGACCGGGGAAUUCGUUUUUGUUUUUUUAAGGGGGUGGCAGGGGGCGGGUGGACGGCAGUGAAAGGCCUACACUUCGAGCCCUGGUUCAAAUCAAAGCUUUAGUUGUCUUCAUGUAACGAUAAUUAUGAUGAUGAUGAUAACGAUGACGAAACUAUGAAAAAAAAACAAGAACCGCUGAGCUAUCGUGACGAAAACCGAGCGUGUACAUUCACCAAGAGAUUUGACUGUGAACUUUAAUAAAGCACUCACUCUAC